CCCCGACUGCCGACCCCGCCUGCCCGCGGCACCGCGAAGAAGAUGCUUACGCUGAGGAGCUCCGACUACGAGGAGUUCGAGGUGGAGGAGGCGGUGAUGAUGAAGUCAGAGAUCAUCCGCUUCAUGAUCGAGGACGACUGCGCCAACAACGUUAUCCCGCUCCCCAACGUGAAUUCCAAAACUCUCGCCCUGGUCAUCGAGUACUGCAACAAGCACGUCCACGCCGCCGCCAAGCCCGCCGACGACGACUCCGACGCCGCGGAGACCACCAGCGCCUCAUCAGCUGGGGGCGGCGGCGAGGUCGACCUCAAGAAGUGGGACGCCGAGUUCGUCAAGGUCGCGACGGCGACGCUCUUCGACCUCAUCAUGGCUGCCAACUAUCUCGACAUCAAGGGGUUGCAGGACCUGACCUGCCGGGCGGUGGUCGACAUGAUCCAGGGCAAGUCACCGGAGGAGAUCCGCAAGACCUUCAACAUCAAGAACGACUUAACCAAAGAGGAGGAGGAGGCGAUCCGUAGUGAAAACUCCUGGGCCUUCGAGAGAUGUAGUCUCCCGCUCCCCGUCCGUACUGGACCGCCGUGGUUACUGUUAGCUUUGAUCUUGAUUGCUAGUUUGCUCGUCUACAGUUAUCUUCUGAUCUGAUACAUUAAUAAGUAGUAUGUUUUAUCUAUAAUUAUUAGCUAAUAUAUUGGGCAAAGACUAAUAUGCAAGCAGCCAUUAUAUACAAGUGUGCAAACAUGUCUUUUGGUCCGUUAGAUUUAGAUCUAACCGUAUUGCUAUAUUUAACGU